CCUAUAUCAAAACCAUCAACAUGCUCCAGUCAACGAAAACACACUCAUACCUCGAACGCAUCCACACGGUGACAAAGCCGGAUGAGUCCAUUGCCAUCUGGGACGAAUGGGCCACAACAUAUGACACGGACGUCCACCACUCUGGGGUGGACUAUGUCGGCCCUCAAAUGACUGCUCAAACUGUCAAGGAUCUCCUGGGAGACAUUAAUGGCGCCAUUCUAGACGCCGGCUGUGGCACCGGCUUGGUCGGUAUCGCACUCGCGAAAAUCGGUGCAAAGACCAUCGACGGUAUCGACCUCUCUCGCGGUAUGCUAGAUGUCGCAGCAAAAACCGGCGUCUACAGAGACCUAUCCAUUGCAGAUAUGACGAAGCGCAUCGAAAAACCAGACGAGUCAUACGAUAUCGUCACUUGCUGCGGGACUUUCUCGUCGGGACAUGUGGGGCCUGUUCCGGGCCUGGGACAAUUGGCUCGCAUUGCGAAAAAGGGUGGCAUUAUUGUCUGCACCGUGGUGGACGAGGUCUGGGUCUCUGGUGGAUACAAGGCCGAGGUCGAUAGACUGGCUUCUGAGGGGGUUUUGCAAGUCCUGAGCGCCGACAACGUCGACUAUUGGCGAGGUACUGACAGGACCCGGAAAUCUAUCAUGGUCGUCAUGAAGCGGACCUGAGUGCAACAGAGAGGGUCUUGUGUGCUUUCGUACAGUUGGUAGUACGAAGGACCUAGUCAUGCUGAUAUAUGGUCUUGGCUGUUGUUUACUUUGGAUAUCAUGUAAACGUGAACUGAACGCGCUAUUCGCCGCUAUAUAUAGUGCUGUAUAUUUCCUUUGAAAAAAUUAAAUGUAUCCAGC